GUUCUUGUGCUCCAUGCUCAUACACGACGCCGUCUCACCAAGUAUCAAAGUAUACAUUACACACUGGGCAGGUCGCUAGUAGCACGAUCAUUUUUUCGAGCCCUGUAAGUCUUACAAGUCGACGCAAAACUACCAAAACAAUUACACACUUUCGAGAUACUGCACCUCCAACUUGUCCUCAUGAAUCUCUCUCGGGGCUCCAGGCUGGUCGUACUGGCCGUGCUCCUCUCGGAGUCGCUCCAUGAUGGCAUGCAUCUUCGCGGCGUCUCGAGUGGCGUCGUUGGACUUGAAUACCUUGUCCAUGGCUUCGAGACCGACGUUGCGCGUCUACGACGACUCAGAAUGGAAAUGAACGAAAAAGAAAUCGACUCACCUCGGGAAGGAUCCAUAUGGCGUAUGCGACACCAAGAAGCAUGAAUGCGAGGAAGAAAAGGUCUGUGUGCCGUCAAUCUACAGCUGACAACAGGACCGUUUGUAACUCACAUGUGCCAUAUGUGAUAUUCUCGAGCAUAGGCGGGACCAUGAGGGAUACACAGAAGUUGAGCAUCUGCAUUCUCUUCAGUAUAUUUCCAUUUCCCACCUGGCCCGGGGUAGGGCGGCAGCAAACUCACCCAGUUGGCCGAAGCGGCGAGGGCGGUACCGGGAGCUCGCGCAGACAUGGGCAUGACUUCAGCAAUCACAGUCCAGGAGACGGGGCCCCAGGAGUAACCAAAAUUGAAGCAGUAAAUCCAGAUGAAGACAGCCGAGGUCCAUGCGGCACCGGCAUGGGUGGACCAUGAGUUCUGGAAUGUGGCAGGGUCGUCUACCAACUCGGUCCAUGAUGACGAGAGCCGGGAAGGUGGAGAGGACACCCAUGAUACCGACGACACCUGAAGCGAGGAGGGAGAUGGCGGUGGAUCCGAUACCCCUGUGCAAGUGAUUAGCAAAGAUCUACUGGACUAGAUGUGAACAAACAAGGAGGCAAAUAUUGUCGGAGCGUAGAAUAUGAUGGCGUCAAUACCGCUCAUCUGCUGGAAGAACAUCAUGAGACAAGCGAUGGCGGUACGCCUGAACAUUGGCCAGGUCGUGAACAACGAGCCGAUCUGGGCGAAUUGCAAAGCGAAAGGGCGGUUGAGCAGAGUGGGGAACUUUUCGGCAGCCGUUUCACGCUCGAAGAUCGCAUCGGCCUUGAUUUCCAGAUACUCAAGCCGGACCAGUUCGCUGUCUGCGUCCAUGUCCCUGAUGUAGGCAAGGGUGCGAAGGGCUUCCUCAUCGCGUCCUUGCUUCAGGAGCCAUCGGGGACUAUAUGGAAUAAAGAAGGCUCCGAUGGCGAGGCCGAUUGCCGGGACUGCUUGGAGGGCGAGCUGCGAGAUAUCAGCUUCGCCACACCAGAAAAUGUCUGCGUACAGGAAGUCGCCAUGCGACGGUGUUGGUGUUUGAGAUGUAGUUGGUUCCGAAACCGAUCCAGUAGGAAAACAGGAUGCCUAUGGUCACGGAGAGCUGCCAAGUGCCGACCAUUGCACCACGGACUUCGGCUGAACUUAUUUCCGAAUUGUAAGUAGGCACAGCGGUACUGAGAGAUCCUACAGCUAAACCGAUCGCAAAACGGCCAACGAAAAUCAUGGCCGAGUUGACAGCAGCGGCGGUAAGAAUAGUUCCAACGAUGCACACAAUAGCACCGCCAAAGAUCGACCAACGUCGGGAGAAACGGUCGCAGCAGUAACCGUUGAUGAGGGCUCCUACCCAUCCUCCAAGACCGAGCACGCUAGAAGAUCAGCACGGAAUACAUGAUCAUGUUAAGGAUAACUCACGCAACGGUCCAGCCCUUGAAAGAGGCAUCGGUUACGAUGCGCUCGAAUGCUGGGAUCCGAGUGAAUGACGGCAUAACCUGGACCUGACCAUCUUCACAGACCACCAAGGGCAGUCAACAUGGAAAUCCCGAAUAAUCGGCGGUUUCUGAUGAGACCUGUAAUACCAGAUGGCCCAGCGAGCUUCUCUCGCAUGGCGUCAACAUCGUAAACGUCUGUCAUAUUGUCAAUGGUGCGGCUGUGGUGAUGGUGCCGAUUUGCCGGUCAAGUUUGGGGAAGUUGGGGAUCAGUAGACGAUAUAUCUAUCCUUGGAGCCACAGGUGGAGGAAGGUUUCCGGAAGUUUAGUUCUUCCCUUAUGAGCAGCGAUGAACGUUUCGUCGUGUUCUAUGCCCAGCUCGUCGUUCCGGCAAAAGCGUCGCCCUUCCCCUGCUGCGCCUAUUCCUGUUGCCCCGCAUGGCGUUAUGUGCCCCACAAACCCCAACUCGCGGCGGUCACGAGGUGUUUUUACCAGUUCUGGGUGGACUCUCCAUCACAAUCCGGGGUGGAAGGAGAGGGGGUGUAUGGACCCCAACUUGAAAAGUGAUGUCAAGCCGGUCAGAGUCCAAAUCCCGAAUCCUCUAACUACGGCGAGGAUCCUUUCUCUUGCUCGGCUUGCACAACGGCAUCAGCCUCAAUUCCGUCAAUAGAACGCAAGCAUGGUUGUGCCGCGAUUAAGGUUCAUGUCAUUAUACGUAAAAGGCCGUCCCCGUACCGGACUUUGUCUGUUCGUAAUAACAGACUUCACCUUUAAUAUUUACUGCAUAUUGGUCGAUCGGUUCUGCCACACUGUGCAUCGCCGACCGUAGACUCAGGACAAGUGCACCUUUACGUGAAGGCCUCCACUCAAACACACCCAGGACCGCUCCGGGAUGCCGCUAAUAAUGUCGACCUAAGCCGCAUGUGCCGCCGGGAGAAGCUGGAAUAAAGCCGGAACCCCAGUCAAAUUCACCCGGAGUCCCGGAUGCAUCGACCUGUCUCCACAUCCGGGGCACCACCUGGGUGGGACAUGUAUACAGUAUGAUAUUAAUAGCCCUCACCCCCAUAACACCCCGGGGAACUGCGCUAGCCUAAGGUCACCUGAGCGAGCCGCUCGGGGUGGUCGCAGGAGCCAGGGAACAUUCAUAGGGAGCAGGGACACCGAAGCGGGGUGGAAGCAAACGGACACCGACGCGGGGGCGGAAGCAAACGAUGAGAUAUGUUAAUCUGUGAGGCUCACAGUUGUUCUAUCGUUCGUCAUCAAUAAGUUGCUCGGUUUCGCGAUCUUUUGAAUGCUCAUGCAUUCAGUAUGGCAUUCAAUAUCUGUAUUACCGGCGCUGCGGGUCAUGUCGGCAAAGUGGUGUCUCGUGCGGCACUUGCCAAGGGGCAUAGGGUGUUCGGCGUCGAUCUGCCAGCGAACUCAGGCGUCAGCGGGAACGAUAAGUACAACUACAAGCAACUCGAUGUGCGGGAUGACACGGCGUUGAAGACUGCGAUGAAGGAGCAGGGCUGUGAUGCCAUGAUACAUCUUGCAGCGGUCUUGAACAACCCUAACAGUGUACACAAAGGGAAAGACUGGACUGAAUCGGAUAUUCACAACAUCAACACAUCAAUGUCAUAUGGGAUUCUCCGGGCUUCAUCUGACCUUGGGAUCAAGCGGGUGGUACAAGCGUCCAGUGUGAAUGCUAUCGGCAUGCUUGGCUCUAAUCCCCCCGCGUUCGACUAUUUUCCUUUGGACGAGAACCAUCCUUUCCGCCCACAAGCCGCGUACGAUCUCAGCAAGCAGAUCUGCGAAGUGCAAGCAGGCGCCUUUGCUCGAAAAUACCCAUGGAUGCGAAUCGCCUCCUUCCGUUAUCAUUGGGUCGUUGACUCGUCCUUGUUCAACCUCGAGACGCUGCACAAACGUGGAGGAGAGCCGAAGGAUCUGUGGGGCUACAUCUCCGAGAAGGACGUUGCUGAGGCGACUCUGUUGGGAUUGACAGCUCCAGAAGCGACCUUUCCCAACGGUCACGAGGCCUUCUUCGUCGUAGCGCCGGUACAGCAUCAACAGGCUGCUACUAUUCCGCUCAUCGACAAGUGGUAUCCUAACGUCGAGAAGAGAAGGGAAUGGAAGGGUAACGAGGGACUGUACGAUUGUAGCAAGGCCAAACGGCUCUUGGGCUGGGAGGCAAAGGAGUACUUCCCAUGGUACCCUUAGAUCUCAUUAAAAGAAAGUGUGGGGGAAAGCAUGAUGCAUAUGAUCACG